AUGUCCGCCCUAGCAGCAAGAAGGGCUGCUGCUAUCGCCGCAUCUGCUGAACCGCAACUAGAAAUUUCCAUCGGCACGGACGAGCUGAAUGGAGCUGAGGAUUCUGGGUCUGCCUCUGGAUCUGGCUCGGGGUCAGAAUCCGCCUCCGAAAACUCGGAAACGUCCGCAGAGUCCGACGAAGAGAGUAUAGACAUCAUUGUGCCCUCUCCCAAACGCCGGAAAACGCAAAAGUCAAGAAACACUUCGCCAGAACCAAAGAAAGCAGCUCGAUACUUUGUUACGACCCCCGAGACAAAAUCAAAGGGCAAGGGCAAAGCGAGCGUCUCUAUAGCUGAGAGGCAAGUCAAGAGGUACUCCCCGGCCGCUCCCGAUAGCGAUGAAGAGGAGGAAGAGAAGGGAGAGUCUGUGGGCGAUAGUGAUGAGGAUAUGGCGGAGGAUAUGUAUGGUGAAGCGGCUGGAGAUGUAGACGAAGGGCGGGUGCAAUGGGUGCAGACCAACGGUGCUGGGUCGUCCCGGCAAAAACCUCAACAGGCCGUGUCAGAAACGACAUCCAACUUUGUACCUCAAGAGAACGUCAACCUAUUCAGACUAUCUCAAGAGGCACUCUCAGCGACUGGCCUCGAGGACGAAUUCGCUGGGCCCGGCAUCAUCAUUAGUCUUGCUCCCGACGAGUCAUUGGUGAUUGCAGGCGCAUACAUCCUUACUCUCCUCCAACGCUCGCUCUCCCUCUUUUCCACCACCAUCGACCCCUCAUCGACCCCUCACCCCAUCUACGCCCCUACCUCCCAUCCCCUGCCUACUCUCUCCCCAUCUACGACCACAUCAACUCCAUCGUCCCUCUUGUCUAAACUCAAAUUCCCCAAACAGUUUUUGAAAAAGAACGAUAGGACCAUCUUGCUCAUCCGCGAGAAUGAAUGUGGAAUUGAUGGGCUGAGAUACGGCGCUGUACCCGGUUUCGCCAAUGCUUUCCUCGAAGAAACAGGCAUCUGGGGUCUUCGAAACGUCCAUCCCGUCAUUGGCUCGUUCCCCACUCCAGUCUACUCUUACCACAGCCCUUCAUCCUGGGAUUCCGCCCUCGCUUCUUCUACCCAGCUCCUCCAAGGCGAAUAUGCUGAAGAGUCACCUUUCGUCGGGCUCGUCAAGGGUCAAAAAAGGAGCGGUAAAUCUACUUUUGCCCGGGGGUUGUUGAACACGCUAUUGGGCAAGUAUGAGAGGGUUGCGUGGCUGGAAUGUGAUCUGGGUCAGGGAGAGUUUGGGUGUGGAGGUGUGGUUGGGCUUUGGGUGGUUGAGAAGCCUGUUUUUGGCCCGCCGUUUACCCAUCCCUCGUCACCCGUCCGGGCACACUACCUCGGUACCUACACCCCGCUCACCUGCCCUGACGAAUACAUCUCCUCCAUUCGUCUCCUCCUCUCCCACUUCAAAUACGAGCUCCAAUUCCCCCUCUCCUCCACAUCAACAUCAAGGAACAGCAAUGUGCUGCCGCUGAUCAUCAACACGCAAGGAUGGGUCAAGGGUCUUGGAGAAGAGCUGUUGAAGGGAAUUGAAGUGAUGGCCGAGCCGACGCAUGUCUUUGAAUUCGAGGCGCCCGUGCAGGAAGGUGGUUUCUCUGGCCCGGGGUGGACGCAGAGCCCCCCAUGGUCGACGGCGCAAUUGCCUUACGACCCUUCGAACCCGACUUCCAUGGUCGAGCUGGAAGACGACGUACAGGGGAGGAAGAGCUACAAGCUAAAGGCUGCACCGGUAUCGCCCCUCCAAGCGAGAUAUACCCCCGCCGACCUCCGAGUCUUGUCCAGCCUCACCUACUUUCACUCCACUCUACCUUCAUCCUCGUCCUCUGUCCCCUCAUGGGACUUUGCGCCCCUCGCUACAGUGCCGCCUUACGAAGUGCUGCUCUCUUCUGCCCAGGAAGCUGCGUUGAAAAAGGUGUAUCUCAUAGGAGAGGGCAGCGAGGGCGUCGUACCCGAGGACGUGGCGCUGGCGUUGAAUGGGGCCGUGGUAGCGCUGGUGGAAGACCUGAGUGCGGAUGAAGAGGAAGAAGGGGUUUAUGUCCAGGGUCGGCUCCCGUCUGUUGGCGAAAGCGCAACCACCCUCGGUCUCGCACUCGUCCGCUCUGUUUCUGCCUCUUCUUCCGGUUUCACCCUCCACCUUUUGACACCCUUACCACCUCACCCUCUGUCCCGCGCCAAUGCCAUCGUCAAGAACGGCGCGCUCGAACUUCCCUUGCCCGGGUGGCUUGACAGUCGUCCAGGCGGGGUCCGUGAAGAAGGGAUGUGGGGACGAGGCUGGGACGAGGUGCCGUUCAUGGAGGUGGGCGGUAUGGUCGGGGUCGUGGGCGGGGAGAGGCGGCGGUUCAGGAAGAAUAUCAUGCGCAAGGGACAAUGA